AUGUUCUCCUUCCUCCAUGGAAGGCUAUUUCGGGGAUGCCUCCCGGCGAGACUGCCCUCUGUCCUGCUCCUGGGGGCAGUAUAUGUUGUGUACGUGCUGACCGGAGGAGUGAUUUUUUGGAAGCUGGAAGGAAACCUGGUUCAGGAGAACAUCAUCAUUCUUCAGGAGGAGAAAAACAGGCUCCUGGAGAAACUUCCGUGUCUGGAUAAGGAGUCCUUAGACUCACUGGCAGAGGUUAUCCAGAAAGUCUCUAAGAGCGGUUUGAGUGUGCGAGGAAACCGCACCAUGGAUGGGUUCUGGAAGUUCACCAGCUCGGCUGUGUUUGCUGCCACUGUUGUCACCACUAUAGGCUAUGGGAACAUGAGUCCCAGUACAAUGGCUGGUCAGAUCUUCUGUGUUUUCUUUGCUCUGUUCGGGAUCCCCCUCAACGUGGUGGUGCUCAACAGGAUUGGCAAGUACAUGCUUGCCACAGAGAGAGCGAUUUGUGACUUCAUUGAGAGGAAGACCAAUCACAGGAGCUGCACCAGGGUAUUGGUCCACACACUGUCCUUUGUGACGGGGGUCCUGGUGUUCUUUGUGUUGCCAAUGCAUGUUUUUACUAUGCAAGAAGGGUGGAGCUACGCCCAGUCCAUCUACUACUGCUUCAUCACCCUCAGCACCAUUGGUUUUGGAGAUUAUGUAGCAGACAGCAACCCUGACCACAGCUACCCAGAGUGGUACGGGGGCAUGCUGGGUGCCUGGAUCUUCUUUGGAUUGGCCUGGCUGGCACUCCUCAUCAACCAUGGCAUCGAGAUCCUGGAGAAACUCAACAAUCGGCGCAAGCAGAAGCGGAAAGAACAGCUGGACAGUAGCAAUGACACCAGUGUCCAGAGUAUGGACAAACCCGCGGAGCAGUCAGGUGGAAAUACAGAGCUGAUGGACAUACAAGCUCCGGAGAAGUGA